UUGCAAGUCUUUCCUGAUCAUGCUAUGCUCUUCCAUUUCUUUAUAUAAUCUGAGACACUGAGUUCUUGAUGACACGAGUUAGCUCGACUGCAUAGUUUGAUUGGGUCCAUAUGAUCCUCAAUGUCUGAUCCACUCUGGGAGUGAACCUGAAGAAUUUUGAGCUCGAUCUGUGUAUUUUCAUCACCUUUUUCUCUUUUCUUUUAUGUGAAAUGGAGCUUCUUCGGGACCGAAGCCUUCACCUUGUAUUCAUUAUUGUGUUUCUCGGGUUAUCGCUCUGUAUAUUUCCGAUCCACGGGGAUGAACGCGACGUGGAUUGCCUGAGAAGCAUAUAUGAAUCGGUCGAAGACCCUUAUGGUUACUUGACCAGCACGUGGGAUUUCAAGAACAACAGCGAAGGCGCCAUCUGCUCCUUCACUGGGGUUGAGUGCUGGCACCAGGGCGAAAAUAGGGUCCUCAACCUCAAGCUCACCAACAUGAGCCUCAGGGGCUCAUUCCCUCUUGGCCUCGCAAACUGCACGAGCAUGGUGGCAUUUGACCUCUCAAACAACGACUUCUGGGGACCUCUCCCUACCAAUAUGUCGAAGUUCAUUGGGUUCUUGACUACCCUGGUCCUCUCAUCGAAUAACUUCUCGGGUCAAAUCCCUGCAAGCCUCUCGGGAUGCAAAUAUCUGAAUGUGCUCAAUCUGGACCACAACCGGUUUUCGGGUCAGAUUCCUCCGGAGUUGGGCUUGCUUGACCGGAUGAAGACAUUCAGUGUUGCCAACAAUCUUCUAUCAGGGCAGAUCCCAAAGUUUGAGAAUAAUUUUACGGCAGAAGACUUUGCUAAUAAUCUCGGGCUCUGCGGAGAGCCUCUAGAUCCUUGCUCAUUGACUUUCUCCAAGAGACUAGACCCUUAUCUUAUCGCAGGAUCCGUAAUGUUUGGUGCUACCAUUAUAGCGCUAGUUAUGUGCGCGGCCCUAAUUUUUCGUCAUUGUAAUAGUAAACGGUCCUAAACUAGAAGGCUCUCAUGACUUCGAUUUGGGUUUAAUUUUCCUUCAUCGGGGUACAAAACGGCAGGCCAACCAACCUAGUCAUUAUAGUAACUUCAACUGUGCAAGCUUGAGAUGAGGUAAUAAGAGUAUAUUUUGUCACGAUGACGUUAAGACUUCUAAUAGUAACUCGGAGGGUUAUUAUAUAGUCAUCAAAACCUCUAUAACCCAUUUCAGAGUACUGACAUCCUUUGUAAGACAUCCUCACUCCCAAUUUAUCCGACAUACUCCCCCGCCCAAGAAAAUAUUCAAUAAGUA